AUGGUUAAUAGCAACAAACUUGACAAAUACAAGAGGAAACUUGGGAUGCAACAUAUGUUCCAUAACUGUUCCAACAAGAUCUGGCUGCCGUGGACUAAUGAGAUUAUGAUCGAUAUCAUUCAAGACAAAGACCAGCAGGUCCUUAUCAAAGUCUUCCUUAGUAAUGUCUCAAUAUUUUUCCUUACUAUUGUCUAUGCUAAGUGCUCUGAAGAACUUAGACAAGAACUAUGGGAAAAUUUGAGAACUACUGCUACUUCCAUCUCUGGUGCUUGGGGGGGUUACAGAUAUAGUGGAUCUGAUUAUACUUGGUGUGAUAAUAUGGAACCUCCUAUCACUAUAUGGAAGAGACUGGAUAGGUUGGUGUUCAACUCAGCCUGGUUUGACUUAUUCAAUAUCACAUCAAAAUUGAAAGUGACUUGCAAAGACCUAAGUAUAUGGUCAAGACAAGUUUAUGGAGAUAUCUUUGAGGAGCCUAAAAGGUUGGAAAACCAAAUUAGAGUACUGGAGGAAAACUGCACAAACAAUAACUCUGCUGAAAAUAGAAUGGAACUAUCCAGAUGCAGAGCAGAAUUUACUAGAUACCUCAAGAUUCAGGACUCUAUCCUUAGACAAAAAGCUAGAAUUAAAUUGUUGGAGAAAGGUGAUGCAAAUACUGCUUAUUUUCGUAGCAUUAUUAAAGAUAGAAGGAGAAGAAUCACCAUCAAGAAGAUUAUGGAUGAUAAUGAUCAGUGGUUAGAGGGAAAUGACAUUAUUGCAGAAGCUGCAGUAAGUGCGCCUGGUCCAGAUGGACUUAGUGCUUGUUUCUUCCAAAAAUCUUGGACAGUCAUUGCCAAUGAUCUACAUAAUGCUAUAAUAGCAGUCUUUGAAGGUGCCUCUCUCCCAAAGUUCUACACUUAUACUUGCCUUGUAAUGAUCCCUAAAGUGGAUAACCCUCAAAAGUUUAGUGAUCUCAGACCUAUAAGUCUUUGUAAUGUGUCUAGAAAAAUAAUCUCUAAGAUUAUAAAUGCUAGAUUGGCUACCAUACUGCCUAGGAUCAUUUCUAAGAAUCAAAGUGGCUUUGUUAAAGGAAGAGCAAUAACUGAAAACAUCUUACUCACCCAAGAAAUUUCCAAUGAUAUCAAGAAACCAAAUAGAGGGAAACAUAUUGUUGUCAAGUUGGAUAUGACUAAAGCAUAUGACAGAGUCUCUUGGAACUUUCUAUGCUCAGCCCUGAGGAAAAUGGGAUUCUCAGAGACUUGGGGUUUCUUCAAAUCAGAGAGGGGAUUGAGACAAGGCGACCCUUUAUCACUAUCCCUUUUUUUCUUGAGUGCUGAACUCCUUUCUCAAAUGCUUAAUGGGUUAAAAAGGAAGCCUGGUUACAAAGGUUUCUACAUGAAAGAAAAUGGACCCCAAAUAAACCACCUAUCAUUUGCUGAUGAUACUAUUUUAUUUUGUAAUGGUGGCAAGAGGCCCCUGAAGAUGGUUUUGGAAGUGCUUAAGACCUAUGAGAACAUCUCUGGGCAACUCAUUAACAAGAGCAAAAGUUGCUUUGCAGUUGCUGAAAAUUCUUCUCUUAGCAAUAUUACUAGAUUGCAAAAUAUUACUGGUAUGAAGCAUCAAAAGUUUCCGAUCAAAUAUUUGGGUUGCCCCAUUAUUUCAGGUAGGAAAAAUCUUGCUCAUUUUUCUGAUAUUGUUACAAAAGUGAUCUUAUUGAUCAGAGGAUGGCACACAAAACUUCUUUCUAUUGGGGGCAGGGCUAUCCUUAUAAAACAUGUUCUCCUUGCAUUGCCUAUUCACCUCCUAUCUACUGUUACCCCUCUGAAAGACACUCUACAAACUAUUGAAAAGUAUAUGGCGAGGUUCUUCUGGUCAGGCCUAGACAGUGGUGGUAAACACCAUUGGGCCUCUUGGGAGAACCUAUGUUACCCUUUCAAAGAAGGAGGUACUAAUUUUAGAAGACCGGAAGAUAUCUGUCAGGCCUUUAACACCAAGCAACGGUGGUCACUAAGAUCUACCAAUUCUCUAUGGAGUGACUUCAUGAAGAACAAAUACAUAUCUGGAAAUCAUCCUGUCAAGUCUCAAUGGAUAAGGGGUCAAGCUUUAUUUUGGAAAAAUCUCUGUGGCAUCAAGGAUGACAUGGAUCAUAAUAUCCUUUGUAAGAUCAAUGAGAUCUUACAAAAUGGUAUCUGGGAGUGGGACAAGCUGAGCACAGCCUUAACAGAUGAUAUAAAAGAUGGAAUCAUUGUUGAGAAAGUCAACAUCAAUAACAACAAAGAAGACACUCCAAUCUGGACCCUUUCUCAAAAUGACAAAUUCUCUAUUGGUUCAGCUUGGAGGAGAUAUGGAGGGCAAGAUGUAGCAACAAGUUUGAAGGUUCUAAAGAACAAAUUUGUCAGCGGAAGACUAGGAGAAAACUGGAGUACAAUAUGCCAAGCAUGUGACACUAACAUCUAUCAAAGAACAACUUUACUAGUCAAAUGGAUAAAACUAGUGGCCAACUGCCUCAAACUAAACAACGAUGGAAUUUGUGUCCAAGGUAUCUAUGGAGGAGGAGGGACAAUUAGAGAUCACAAUGGAAAGAUUAUUUUUGCCUACUCUAUUCCAUUGGGACCAGGGACCAGCAAUAUGGCUGAAGCUGCUGCCUUACUAUAUGGACUGAAAUGGUGCUCAGGAAAUGGUUUUCACUCCGUCUGGGGUGAAACUGAUUCCCUGCUUCUUAUAAAAUGCAUCAAGAAAGAGUGGAAACCACCUUGGAUGAUCUCCAACAUCAUUGAGGAUAUCCAGAAGCUAGUUGAAGACCAUGAAUUCGUUAUCACACACUGCUAUAGAGAAGCAAACAAGCCUGCAGAUAAACUUGCCUCUCUAAGACAUGGAUUUGAUGAAAUUCAAAUUUUCAACUCUUUCUCUGAAAUCCCUUCAUCUGUACGAGGAUCAAUAUGGAUAUAUGGAAUUUAG